UUUAGUGCGUAGUGUGUAUUAUGUGUGUUGAUUGUUGAAAACGAAAUUGGAAAUUUUUCAAACAAUUAAAAAGAUUGUUUUUAAGUGAUUUGUGUAAAUUAUAUACCUGCUUGUCAUUUGGAUCUUAAACCAACAAAAAAGAUGGCGUCCAUAGCGAUGACCGUAUGGUAACGAAUAAAAUAGUUGGCAGUCACAAUGGAGUGGUCGGAAGGCGAUUUGGUGUGGUUUGACCCAGGGCUUGGACACCCUUUGCCCGGGGAAAUAUUAGAAGCCCACCGCGCUGCUCAAGUCCUUAUAGUGCAAGCUCUCAUCAAUGGCAAGGCGCAGACUUUUACAUUAUCAGCGGGCGAAGGUGAUCUGCGCCCGCGUCAAGACCUCGGCCAACAAGGCGUGGAGGAUAUGACUCAAUUGCAAGAUCUUCAUGAAGCAUCGUUAUUAUGGAAUUUAAGGUUACGUUAUGACAGAAAUCUAAUUUACACUUAUGCUGGGGGUGUUCUGAUAGCCGUAAACCCUUAUAAAAUGCUGCCUUCUGCUUAUGGACUGGAAACCGCAAGGCAAUACGCUAGUCGUCCGCUGGGAGCGCUUCCUCCUCACUUAUUCGCAAUCAGCGCAGCAGCACAUUCGGCCUUACCGUCGCCUCAAGUCGUGGUGGUUUCUGGUGAAAGCGGUUCCGGAAAAACAGAGUCUACCAAACUAGUCGUACAAUAUUUAGCUGCAGUCGCACCAGCUGGCGGCGCAGGGUUAGUCACUGAACAAAUUCUAGAAGCAACACCUUUACUCGAAGCGUUCGGUAAUGCAAGGACCACGCACAAUGAUAAUAGUUCCCGCUUUGGAAAAUAUUUGGAAGUGUUUUUCAAAAAUGGUGCUAUCAUGGGAGCGAAAAUUACGCAGUAUCUUUUGGAAAAAUCGAGAAUUGUAACACAAGCAUCCAAUGAAAGAAAUUAUCACAUUUUCUAUGAACUGCUUGGAGGUUUAUCGGAACAAGAGCGUAAACAAUAUGGCUUGUUAGAAGCGGAUAAAUACUUCUAUUUAAAUCAAGGAGGCAGUGAUUGUGCUGCCGGCCAAACUAGUUCAGAUUGGACGGGAUUAAGAGGUGCCAUGCAAGUUUUAGGUGUAUCAGAAGAAGAACAACAAGGAAUUGUGCGUGUAUUAGCGUCAGUUUUACAUUUAGGUAAUGUUUAUUUUCAUAGAAGACAAUUGCGCCAUGGACAAGAAGGUGUCGAGUUAGGCUCAGAUGCUGAGAUUAAAUGGGCGGCGCAUCUAUUGCAAAUCUCUCCAGAUGCCCUGCAGCGGGCGCUAACAACAAGAGUUACAGAAACAAGAACAGAAAGGAUGCAUACUCCCCUUGGAAUAGACCAAGCGCUCGAUGCCAGAGAUGCAUUUGCCAAAGCGCUCUACAGCGGGUUAUUCAAUUGGUUGGUUUCUCGUGUCAAUUCUAUCAUUCACCGCGGCGGUAUGCACGACGCUCAUAGAAUUUCUAUAUUGGAUAUAUUUGGAUUUGAAGAUAUUCAAGAAAAUUCAUUUGAACAACUAUGCAUCAACUACGCUAAUGAAAGUCUGCAAUUAUAUUUUAACAGACACGUAUUUAAACUGGAACAACAAGAAUAUGCUAAAGAACGUCUGGAAUGGACUUCUCUUACAUGGGAAGAUAAUCUCCCAGUUAUACAACUUUUAAGUAAAAAGCCUGUUGGAGUGCUUCAUCUUUUGGACGACGAAUCAAAUUUCCCACGAGCAAGUGAUAGAAGCUUUCUGGAAAAGUGUCACUACAAUCACGCAUUGAAUGAACUGUACGCUAGACCAAGAGUCGGGGCACAAGAAUUUGGUAUUAGUCAUUAUGCCGGACAGGUGUGGUACAACGCAGAAGGAUUUUUGGAGAAGAAUCGCGAUGCCCUGCGUCCAGAAAUUUUGGACUUGUUAUCAUCAAGCAACCAGACUCUGGUCAGUGACUUGACGCGACGCCUUCGCGCUCAGCGAGACGCUGGCCGGUUAUCGGCGCAACAACAACAAUCGAGAGGCAGCGACGGCCGAUUUGUCACUAUGAAACCCAGAACACCUACGGUGGCGGCGAGGUUUUGCGAUUCGCUGCACCAGCUGCUUUCAUCUAUGUCCAAAAGCAAUCCUUGGUUUGUGCGCUGUAUAAAGCCAAAUGCAGAUAAGCAACCCCUAAGAAUGGACAUGCCGUGCGUGCUUCGGCAACUACGCUGCUUAGGUCUGCUGGACACCGUGCGCAUUCGCCGGCAAGGAUACCCGGCUCGUUUGCGAUUCCAGGAGUUCGUCGAACGCUAUCGCGGUUGCUUGACGGCAGGAGCCGGUUUAAAUCAAUUAGAAACUCCGCCGCCCGCAGCUCCUAGAGGUACUCCGCUUCGGGAGGUGUGUAGGACAUUAUUGGACAGUCUCCCACCGACAGGAGCAGAAGGACCAGAUUAUCAAUUGGGGGCAACCCGCGUGUUUCUUCGCGAGGGUCUUCAUAGGCAAUUAGAGGCCGCCCGUUCGGAGCGCAGACACUUAGCAGCUGUGAGGCUUCAAUCGCGAAUGCGUGGCUUCCUCGCCCGCAGAAAAUGGAAGUCGAAACGCGCUGCUGCAGUCCUCAUUCAGAAGAAUUGGCGCGGGCAUAGGCAACGCAAAAACUACCAGGCUACCAAACGCGCAGCAAUCAAAGCGCAGGCGCUUUACCGUGGCAAACUUCAACGCCGAAGAUAUUCAAUGAUCAAAACUCAGAUGAAGCGCAGGGCUGAGGCAGAAAAAGCAGCAAGGGAAAGAAUGGCACAGCGCAUAGCACGUGAGCAAGCCGAAAGGUCUCCGGCCUUGCAACUAGAUAUUCCAGCAGAGCUAGCGUUCAUUUUCAGUAAAUUGGACGCUUGGCAACCGCCCCACACCGAAAGAAAUUUGGUUAAGGUUUUAGGAAGUGUAGUAGGUCCACCGCCUGUACAAGCUCCUUCAUUAUCCGAUUUAGGACAAUACACAUUUGGCAAAUUUAGCUCGGUUUACUGUAAUAGUAUUGAAAUGGGAGUGCGAAGAGAACCAAUAGUAGUGCCAUUUUUAUCACGUGCAGCAGCUAGAGAUCGUGAUUUUCAAGAUGCUUUAGCUGUUUUCAAAUUACUAUUAAGAUGGACUUGUGAUCCUUCACUAAAUGGUGCUAAAGAAAAAGCACUAGCUGAUUAUGUAGUAUAUAAAGGACUGAUGUCUAGAGGUCUGCGCGAUGAAAUAUUAGUUCAACUCUGUAACCAAACUUGGCACAAUGAUAAUUCAGAAAGAGUGUGGCAACUUAUGUCCCACUGUUUAUCAUCAUUCCAUCCAGGAUUAACAUUAAAUAAGUACCUGCUGAAAUACGUGUCCGACCACGCGCCAGCCGGUAGUCGAGAGCUGCUCCUGCGCAAACUGUUGCGUCCUUCAGCCGGACCGCCGGUGCCACCAGCCAGGCUACUUCCACCCAGCCAGCUGGAAUGGUUUGCCACGCAGAGGAAAUGCGACACUGCGCUCACAGUAACACUACCAGAUGGAAGUGCCACGACCGUGGCUGUUGAUUCGUGGACAACCUGCGAAGAGGCUGCAGCAUUAGCAGUAUCGCCCUUGGGUAUAGCACCGAGAGGUUGGACGAUCGCUUUAGAUGAUGCCGGAUUAGUGACGGAUUGUUGUGGUCUGGACUACGUAUUAGAUCCUAUAGCCGAAAGAGAAAUGUGCCCGGCGUUCCCGUCACAACGUGGCGAAGCACUGCGGUGUGGAGCUCGAGACGAAAGAAGUGCUGCACUAAUGCAAAACUCAGAACCGCAAAGUCCACGGAGACCACAGGUUCCUCCCCCGGAGCCACCGCCAGUAAAGACAAGAACAAAAGAAACAAUUCCACAACCUGUGACGCCAUCACAAAAUAGAGCACCAGUUGAACCGCCUCCUAGAACUGGCUACAAUAUUCAACAAGAAUCUCCAUCAAAUCAGCAAUUAUUAGCUGCCUCACGCAAAACAUCUCACGAAAUGCUUUCUCGCAGUUCUGCAUUAAAUGAACGGUAUUUCGAAAUUGAAAAAUCUCGGUCCAGAUCAUUGGAUGAUCUACUGGCUGGUGGCGAAGUAGUAACACCUAAACCUGAGCCCCCUUUGGCAGGAUUAGGUUUAUCACAAAGUCGUCUAAAUGAACGAUACCAUUCUGCAGAGCGUUUAGAACAAGCUCCAAAACCAGGAGAUGGCCCCCGAUAUGUUAAAUCACAAUAUACUGGUAAACGUGCUAUUCCUGGAUCACAUUCUAGUAAAGCGUACAUUGAACGUUCAGAAUUAGGUACUCAUCCAGGAAGUGGGGCUGCCAGAUCAUCCGCAAUGUCGGACACGAGUGAAGCACCAUCGUUAGCUAGCCACGUCCGAAGAGUACGUGUACCCAGUCAAGCCUCAGACGUAGAUCAAUUUUUGGACGAACUGUUUAGUCCUGUACUAGAUGGAUCAUUAGAUGAACUAUCAGAUGCUAGAUCACUAGCCGCUAGCAUUCGUGGUGGUGGCGACGGUGAAUUUUCAGAAGCACCGAUAGGAAUUAGCAAUACAUUGUCCGAUCUUGGUGAUGCUAAAUCUCUUAUAAUGAGAUUAAAAGGUGGCGGCCAACGAACCGGACCACCUAGUUCUGCUUCAUCAACACUUGAUCAAGAAGUAGCUGCUCUCACAGCUCCAACUGAUAACGCUCUAGAUGAAUACAUAACCGAUCUAUUCCAGCCCAUUUUUGUGAAUGAUAGUAUACGUAGGUUGACAGAAAAAACUGAGCUCGUAAAUGCUAUUAAAGGAGGAGGUACUGCUCAUUCAACUGGUGCUAGUUCAUCUAAUUUUGUAUUGAGUCCACCUCCAAUGAUGAUGAUGGGAGGAGCGGAACCGUUUAUGCCUUUAUAUAAUAUGCAAAAUAUGUCGGUACCACAAAAUGGAGAUUUAGCUGCGUACCAGCAACAAAUGCAACGCGCGUUUUUGCAAAGUGCAAUGGCACAAAACAUACAAAUACAGCAACAACUUCUUGCGCAAAAUCAAGCAUUACAAACUCUGCUGAGUCAACAAGACCCAUCUGUCACCCCAGUUGAAAAUUCAAGAUCAUCGCAUCAAUCUCCUAAGAGACCCAGUUUUAAGAAACGUAACAGCCCGGCUGCAUUCACGUCUGUUAUGUCAGAAUUGAGGUCAAGAAGAACAUCUUCAGAAAGUGGAUCCUCUUUGAUGCCACCACCUCCACCUCCACCAAUGCCUCCGCCAUUAGAAUCACAAGAUCCGUCAGAAGCAAGACCAUUCCUAGAUCCAUAUGGUAGAGCAAAAACAGUUCGCAUAGGUAAAUGGCGAUGGCCCCCGCCUCAAGGUGGAGCUCCUGCAGAAAACGGAGGUGAAGAUUUUAUUCAAUUUAAAAUGCGUCAGCAACAACGCAAAACUACGCCACAAAGUCAGCAAUCUGGAAAUGCUGAUUGGGAGGAUGAAAUUGAUUCAAAAUCAGUUUCUCCAGCAGCCCAAGAAAUACAGUCAUCAGCGGCAGUUAGAAGUAGCACAAGACGUAGUUUUGAAAUAGGUGCUCAAAGGCCUCCCCCAGGAAGUGUUGGUAAAUUGAAACUAAGUUCAGAAAUGCGACAAAGAUUGGAGCAAGUAACGGCAGGCCAUUCUAUACGUUCAGCGGCAAGCACUCGCUCGGAACGACCAGCUCGAGCACCGGCUAAAUUGGAGGAUGCCAGAAGGAUGAUGCUUGAGCAGCAAUUAGGUGGCACAUUAAAUGGCAAUGGUCAUAUGCAUGCAGAGCCGGAUACUUUACCAAGUGUUCGCACGCAAGUCCAGCGUAUGGAGCAUUCUUUGCCACCUGCUCCACCAGGACCGGCUCCGCCUGCACCUGCCAGACCUCCAAGCAGUGUACCUCCUGUGCCACCACCUCCUGCUCCGAUUGAACCUCAGUCAUAUAUGCAAAAGCGACAAGAGCGUGAUACAUUCGGCGUUCACCAAAAUCGUGAGUAUAAUUAUAACUGGGAGGUAGCGGAAAAUGAAAGAAAUGGAUGGAAUGGUCAACAGAAUGGCUUCCGAGAAUAUGAAAAACAAGAUCGUAAUAAUCAUAGAGAUUACGAUAAUGGACAUAGAGAUUUUGAAUCUUAUACAAUAUCUGAUCAACAUGAUGGUUCGUCUAAUGAUUUAGCGCCUGUGGAAGUACGGAAAACGCCGCCACACAAAAGACUGGUGCCACAGCCAAAACCAACAGAACGCGCUACAUAUAGAACUCACAUGGUUCAAAAAGCCGCUCAAGAGAGAGAUCGCAGAAGCAGUACAUCCACACACUUUACAGAAAAACAAGAUGGUGCUGAAGGCGAAGAAUGGCCAUCAUUCUUAGCACCUGUUUUGCCCGCUCCUUCGUCUGCGCCAUCAAUAGCAAACCCUGAUCACGUGCCAAACUCAAAUUCCACACAAUCACCUCAGCAACCGGCUCCUUCAUCCGCUUGCAUCACCUAUCACAGAGUGCCAUGGCGUUUAAGAGUGCGCAAAGAAGUUUUUAGUCCCGGAGAAAGUCUCGGAACUCCAGCAGCAUUAGAUUUACUUUUCCAGCAAGUCGCAAUGGAUGUUUUAGGCACAGUAGCAAGUCUUCGUAUAGCUCCAAAUGAAAGACGUGCAGCAGCUACUUUCCUAGCAGGACACCGCAUUACUGCCGAUGCACUAAAUGCUUCGCAACAUCGUGCCGUAGUCAAAAAACAUUUAGUGGAAAUGGCGAGAGGGUGGCCCUUAUAUUUCGCGAGGUUAUUCCACGUCAGCGGAACGCCACAGCUUCCGGAUGUAAAUCUCCUUGCUGUUUCUCACUCCGGUGUCUAUCUUGUCCGACGCGAACACGCUGGUUCGCAACAACAAUUAACUGUUAUUCGAGCUGUACCAUUCAGCGAACUUUCAGCAGCUACUGCUCCCGCACAUCCUCCUGCUACAUUGCAAUUAGCUCUUCGAGGUGGCGCUAGGGUAACUAUGCAUGCACUGAGAGCCUCACCUGCGCAGCAGAUGAUAGCAGCUUUUUGCGCUGAGUAUCGCAAGAUUCAAGGAAUAAACAGUGCUCACCGAGCGGCUCCGGCAGUCGAACAACGCACCUCAAGUGUAGCAACAAAUCGUGCUUCCGAGCACGGAUUGCAAACACACAGCCAGGGGCACGCAGUACAACAUGGUCAUUCGAUAACACAACAGCAAGCAUCACAUCAACAACACUCCUCUCAAAUUCGAAAUGCUGCUUUGGAGUCGGCACAUCAUCAAACUAACAACCACGUUCAAGAGAACGGCAGCAGAGCUCUAUCGCCCCAGCCUAGGAAUGGACACAGGGUCGAAGGGUCAAGUCCGCAUGGACAGUCUCCGCAUAAAUACCCUCUGAUGCAAUUCGCAGCGAGACACUUCAGACAUCCACCAGAAUCACCGCAAGAAAAAGGUGAUGCGCAGGCUCAACAAGGAUGGUGGCAACAGAGUGAGUUAGUACGUUGGCAAGGAAGACCAUUAGAUGGACCUUUACUGAGAUUGCCCCCUGAUUUGGCAGCAUUGGCUAUGGAAUGUUUCGAUUGUAUAUUGCGAUACUGCGGUGAUCUACCGCCUGAUCCCGAUGUCACAGAAGUCAAAUGCGUAUACACCAUACUCAUGCACUGUCACAAACAUGCCGGCUUGCGAGACGAAGUAUACUGUCAACUUAUGAAGCAGACUACCGCCAACAGAAGCCCUGCUGCAGACAGCGGUCAACGUGCAUGGCGAUUGCUCAGUGUUCUCACAGCUUACUUCGGUUGUUCAGAUGCGCUGCGCUCAUUUUUAUUAGAACAUCUUGGAACUGCUGCAGGAGAUCGCAGAAAACCUUGUCACGGUACUGCAGCAGUUUGUUUGGCAAAUCUGCGCAAGACAGCCAGGUGCGGCGGUAGGAAAAAUGUACCCAGCGUUGAAGAGGUAACAGCAGUAUCGGCCGGUCGCUCUGCAAGACGUCAAAUUUAUAGAUUACCCGGAGGUGCUGAGAGGGUAGUCAACACCCGCUGUUCUACUGUAGUUGCAGACGUUGUAUCAGAAUUAUGCUCUUUGCUAGGAGUAGAAGGAGCUUCUGAACAGAGUGAAUUUUCCUUAUAUUGCAUAGUUCAAGGAGAUGCAUUCACGAUGCCUCUAGCAGCGGAUGAGUAUAUUCUAGACGUGACCACUGAACUUUUGAAGAGUGGACAGCCUUUUUAUUUGAUCUUCUGCAGAUCUGUAUGGCACCAUCCGCUGCGCGCUGAUCCUGGUGCUUUAUACACAGAAGUAUUGUUCAAUCAGGUUGCGCCUGAUUAUUUAGAAGGUUUGCUCUUGGAAUUGCCAGCUGGCGGUGCCCCUGCACCCGAAAUCGUGAGAGACAUUGCUCGUGUUGCAGCACUUCUUCACAGAGCAGCUGAUUUACAUCAUGUGCCAACAAUGAAAGAGAUCAAAUUCCUUCUUCCGAAAUCUGCGCUUGGUCUUCGAGAACUUCGUCCGCCGCAAUGGGUGUCUCUCGUCCAAGCCGCUUGGACCGCAGCUGCACCUUUAGCCCCGUACCAGGUUAAAGCACAAGUUCUGCAUGUUUUAUCAACGUGGCCCCUAUUCGGCAGCAGUUUCUUCGCUGUUAAACGAGCUUGGUCGCCUGAUGGUCUACCAACGCCAGGAGAUGAUAUGCAAGAACCAUGGCGAGAGUUGAUAUUAGCUUUGAAUCGAAGAGGAGUACUUUUCUUAGAGCCAAACACUCACGAAACGUUACAACAUUGGCCUUUCUCUGAUGUCAUUUCUACCAGAAAAGUACGAUCAGAAGACGGUGCAUUAUUCCUGGACAUGAAAUGCGGCAGCUUGCUUCAGCAGCACGUGACCAGAUUGCAGACGGAGCAAGCGCACGAAAUAUCACGGUUAGUUCGCCAAUACAUUACAUUAGCCCAAGGCAAAAAUUCAUCGUAA